CAAUGACAACUAUGCUGCAAGAAGCCACUGUGGAACUGAUUGAUCGCAAGCGUUGCAACAGCAGCGACUGGUACAACGGAGGGAUACACGACUACAAUCUCUGCGCAGGCUACGAGCAAGGAGGCCCCGAUGUCUGUAUGGGUGACAGUGGUGGCCCCUUAAUGUGCAAGAGAAAAAAAGCAGGCAUCUAUUAUGUGGUUGGAAUAGUAAGCUGGGGAGGACUCUGUGGUCAGCCACACAGCAAUGGCGUGUAUACUUCAGUCCAGGAUUUUGAACAAUGGAUUUUCAACAAAACCUCCAGCUCAAACCCAAAAUACCAUUAUAUGAGAUCGACUUCUAUGAAUAUCAGCCCACCUUCAAACCAAAGGAACAUUGAGGGAAAUGUGGAAUCUGUUACUAUGGAAAAGAAUGAUUCCAGCCAUUCUAACAGUACAGGUUCCAUAUUUAAUCAAAUCAUAACUUUAUUCAAAAUUAUUUUUUCUCCACACACUGAUCACGCAGAAAACGUGUGUAGGAAUGGUCAGGAGAGUACAGAAACCCCACCUGUGGAGAUAACUACUGGAAUGAUGGAUCGGGAGACUAUAUAUAAUGGUUGCCUCAGCAGCCAUGCACCCGCUAUGCUAUCAUGUCAGGCUAUGGCUCAUAUCCUGGUCAUGGCCUGUCUCAUUGCCUUGAUUAUCUGUCGAUGAAACCUGUCUAUGUGACCUGCAGUGACUCCAGCCUGAGCUUGUCAGUCAAUUCCAGUGCCAGCCUUAUCAAAGUGUCGGACUUUAGCUGAAACGUUAAGGACUAAAAUAAUUACUAUGGCAAACUAUGAAAAUAACCAUUAGUUAGCCAGUAAAAGGCAUCAAGUUUAGUCCAAGGCUAGCCUGAAACUGCCAGCAUGCAAUUCAAGAAGAUUUACAGUUUUUAUGACACCAAUAUGAUGCUGCCUAUCUGGACAGCAUUAUUAUGUAGUUAUUAUG